AUUGCUAACAUAAAUAUGUGCUGUUCAUUUUGUUCGUGGAAAAUCAUCUUCAGACAGUUUGAGAUGGUUAAAAAGCAAAGCGAGUGGUUGAUUUAAUCUGCCUAUCAGCGCAGAGCUGCUGAUCUGCCUGCCAACAUCUCAGCCUCCUGCUGAUCCCAGGCCUGCCUCCCCGGAUCCGAGCGGACGUGCGUCGCAUCGGUAAAAAGACGGUGCUGGUGUGACAGAACCCACCCGAGGGGAGCUCCGCUUCACGCGCACACACAACCGCGCUCCGGUUCGCUCCGGCCGGCCCGGUUCUGUUGAGUGCCUCACUCGCUGUUUUACUUUUGCUUUAUUUUAUUUUUCUUCUCUGAGAGGAAACUGAAAGAGAGAGAGAGAGAGAGAGAGAGAGAGAGAGAGAGAGAGACCCUUGCCGCUGCCAGGGUGGUGUGGGGAGAGAUGCGCUUUGUGAGCGGGUUGGUGCUGAAGCUGCUGCUCGGAGGAUCAUGGAGCUUUAAACCAUGAGAAAUGAGGGAUAAGAAGAGGAAGAAGAAGAAGAAAAAGGAUUGUUUCUGGAUUUGAGGCGGAUGUUUUUAGCCUUUCCGGGCCUGGUUGUGUUGAAGGAAGGUAGGGGGGAGGAUUUGAUGCGGGGAGAGGGGCACGCGCUCUGCUGAUGGCAAACACAAGUGAGUUCGGGGAGAGCAGCUCGUCCUUCCAGAACCACGCAGCGUCCGCGGCCUCUGCGGUCAAGCUGGCCUCCCUGGGUCUGAUCAUGGCCACGAGCCUGCUGGGGAACGCGUCCCUGUCGCUGCUGCUGCUGAGGGACAGCUCCCUGCGCCGGGCUCCCUACUUCUUCCUGCUGGACCUGUGCGCGGCCGACGUGCUGCGCGCGGCCGUCUGCUUCCCCUUCGUGAUGGCGUCGGUCGGCGGCGGCUCCGCGUGGCCCUACGGGGCGCUCAGCUGCAAGAUCGUCGCCUUCCUGUCGGUGCUCUUCUGCUUCCACGUGGCCUUCCUGCUCUUCUGCGUCAGCGUCACGCGCUACAUGGCCAUCGCCCACCACCGCUUCUACUCCAAGCGCAUGAACCUGUGCACGUGCGUGGCGGUGAUCUGCAUGGUGUGGACGCUGUCCGUGGCCAUGGCCUCCCCGCCGGUCUUCGACGUGGGCACGUACACGUUCGUGCGCGAGGAGGAGCAGUGCACGUUCGAGCACCGCUACGUGAAGGCCAACGACACGCUGGGCUUCAUGCUGAUGCUGGUGGUCAUCGUGGGGACCACCCACGUGGUCUACAUCAAGAUGCUCUGCUUCGUCUACGACCACCGCAAGAUGAAGCCYGCCCAGCUGGUUCCGGCCAUCAGCCAGAACUGGACCUUCCACGGGCCUGGCGCCACCGGGCAGGCCGCAGCCAACUGGAUUGCCGGCUUCGGCCGCGGGCCCACCCCACCCACGCUGGUGGGCAUCCGGCAGGCUUCUCACCCCGGCAACAGGAGGCUGCUGGUUCUGGAUGAGUUCAAGACUGAGAAACGCAUCGGGAAGAUGUUCUACAUGAUCACACUGACCUUUCUCGUCCUGUGGGCUCCGUACAUCAGCGCGUGCUACCUGCGGAUAUUUGUGCGCGGGGCCCCCGUCCCCCAGCUCCACCUGACCGCCGCCGUGUGGCUGAGCUUCGCCCAGGCAGGGGCCAACCCCAUCAUCAGCUUCCUGUUCAACAAGGAGCUACGGGUCAGACUCAGGGCCUGUUUCUCCUGCUGCCUGGGCACUCAGACCCCCAUGGAGCCAUACUGUGUCAUAUGAACUCCGCCCAGCCAAAAUACUGCCAAAGACUUAUUUAUAUGCCACUUUUAGAAUGUACACCCAAGUUUCCCCAGAAAUAUAACUGAGUUUAUGGGACAACCUUUGUUCAUCAUAUCAACCAGGGCUCUGCAACCCAUGUCUCUGGGGCCACAUGGGGCCCUUUGGACCCUCUGCAGCAGCUCUUUGGAGCUUUAACAAACACAGGAGCGAAUAUUGGAAUUUGUAACCAUGAUAUGAAAACAAAAGAAAUAUAUGGCAAAUCUUUCUGAUAACACAAAGAAUUAGAAGGAGCAGCUAAAAACGGAAUAAAAUUUGAAGUAAAUGAAGGUGUCUGGCUUACCACCCAGCUGAAUCUGCAUGGGAGCUUGAGUCACAUGACUGACCUACAUUAGGUAGUCUGUGUAGGUGAACGAAUGUGGUGAAAUCAGACAACAGAGAAGAGUGGAAAUAUAAGAGUCAGUCUGCUGUUAAUCCUGAAAACAAGAAUGUGUUAAAUAGUUGAGAACAAAUGUCAGGGAUCGAGCGACGGACRGCCAAAAUAACAGAGAUCAGCAUUUGAAACACGAGCGGCUUUUGUGAAACUUUUGUCCGACCAGUACCRUAAGUUUACGGUUUGAACCCAACAUGUUUUAGUGUACUCAAUAAACCUGAGCAUAAAAUGUGUCAACACAUUUAAAUUGAUAGAUUCUUCCACCCAAAAACAGCUUUUCUUUGGACAUCACUGUUGUCUACCGGGUAAAUAAAAACACGUAGUUGGCAUCCAGCGACCAAUUAUUAAUUUAAMGACAACAACCAUCAAUGUGAAAAAAGGGCAGAUUUUGUUUUUUAACUUUGAGAUUCUUUAUGACCUGUUUCAAUGACUUUUCAAUACCUGUAAAGAGAGGAGAACCUACAAUCUACAAUUUAAUGAUUUUUUUUUAAUUUGCUCCAACCAUAUGCUCACUUUAAAGUGAACUACUCUUAUAAAUAAUUUUCUACACUUUUACAAAAUACUUGCAUUAACUUUAAUGUAAAGAUUUGAUCAAAGGGAAUCACAAAAAUGUUAUUUCUUUGUUAUAAAAGUUUGGGCUUUUUUAAACAUCAAAACCCAUCAACAGUUAAUUAUAUGUUGAUUAAUUUCAUAAUACCACAAACUAUAAAGUAUGAUAUGCAUAAUUAUUUAUCAUCCAUUAA